GACGCAUUCGCCUUCCUCAAUGGAUAAAGAUAAUGGGAAUAAAGACACCGCCUCCAAAUCCACCUCCUCAUCGGAUGAAUGGGGCGACAAGCUGGCUGAGCUGAUUGCCUGGUUCGAGGGCAAUCCCAAUCUGCCCGAGAAGAUCGAACCAAUAGUAAUGCUACGAUUCCUUAAGUGCAUGGCAUUUGAUGUUAAACGCACCAAAUCCCUGGUGGAACUCAACUACAGUAUGCGGAAUAAGCAUCCGCAUCUGUUCAUGGAUCGCAACAUGGAGGACGAGAUGACCGCCAAGGGUCUAAAGGUGUCGGAUCUUCUGAUAUUACCCGGUAUUACGCCCCAAGGUACUAAACUGCUCUUCUUCCGUAUGGCAGAUCUGGAUCCACAUACGCGUAAUUCCGUGGAGGAGACCAAAAUCUUCUUCAUGAUGAGCGAUGCACGAUUCACAAUACCAGAUGUGGAGCGAGGAGCAGGAAACGUGGAGGAUUACGUUCUAGACGAAGCCGAUAUUGCGAAAGGCGAUGUUCACAUCGUCGACAUUGAGGGUUAUACCUUACGUCAUCUGGCCUACGUAUCCAUUUUUGUGUUGCGUAUUUACAUGAAAUUCUUACAGGAGGCAUAUCCCUCUCGUUUGCAGGCUAUGCAUGUUAUCAAUUGCCCCUCUUAUCUGGACAGGCUCAUCUCUAUGAUGUCUCCCUUUCUCAGGGAGGAAGUUCGGAACAUGAUUAAGUACCAUACAGGGGGCCUGGAAAGUCUCUAUGAGGAAGUGCCCAGGGAUAUGCUGCCAGAUGAGUAUGGCGGCAAGGCUGGCUCCAUAGCGGAACUCAAGGCCCGGGCCGUUCAGUCUAUCAAGGAUAAAACUGCCUACCUAAGCGAUGAGCGGUACUGGAAGGUGGCCUCCCAAAGCAAGAGUCGAUGGUCCUGGUUUUGAUAUUCGGAUAUUCAAAUAACUUCCACAGAUAUCCUGCGAACGUGAUUUUAUUAAAAUGUGAUUAAGAGGGGCGCUUGCCACAGGAAAGCUAUCGAUUAGUCGGGGAAUUCCCAUAAAUACCUACAGGGUUUAAAGCUUAGUUUGUCAGCUUCAAAAGUAUAAAGUAGACCUUGAAAAAGAAUUUCUAACUUUUUUAUUAUUCUAUAAUAUUUUUAUAAUUUACGUUAAGUGCAUUUUUUUUCUAUUAUUAAAUAAGGGACAACUGCCUGUUUAUUAGCAGCAAUGUGAACAAUACACUUGGUAUACCAAUAAAUAAUAUUAAUUGUA